CAGGUCGAUAGCUGAUGAAGUCGCUUGCGCAUUGCAGGCACCAACACCGUGGUGAUGGCACUCCAAUGCUCCAGCCGUUCUGCAGGAGUUGCUAGAUAAACACGGGCAACGUGAGGAACAUGACUCCAGCGACAACUGCAAUUGCUCUGAUUUCGUCAUCGUCUAACCCAAAAGCAGCAGAACAGCAUCGGCUUCGAAGAAGAUCUGAACCGUUACUUCUUACUUCACGAAUUUUCGUUAAAGAAUCCCGGGGACCAAUGUGCACUAAAUAGCUCGCUGUAGAAGAGCUACAUGAAUUGAAAAAGAUGCCAUGACUCGAGAAAUUUACAGCCACAAGCUGGCGUCUCCUGGGGGUCACCUUUUCGUAACAAGGCAGCCACAAUGCAUGGGCCAAAUUCUAGCUGCUUUGGCGGUGUCUCUUGGCCCUUUCUCUGCUGGUUUGGGAAAGGGCUAUAGUUCUCCGGCCAUAGCAUCUUUGCAACAAAGAGAUGCGAAUUCUUUCCCUGUUAGUGGACAGGAGGCAUCAUGGCUAGCAAGUCUCUCUCUUCUGGGCGCUUUAUUUGGAGCUCCCCUUGGAGGGGCUGCAAUGAGAUGGGGAAGAAAGCGUACCCUACUUUUAGCUGGAGCACCUCUAUCUGGGUGCUGGAUUAUGAUCUCUCUAGCUUCUAACGUAGAGCUGAUUUGUUUUGCUGCUUUCUUAAGUGGUUUCCUUGUAGCCAUAGUACAACUUGCCGCUCAAGUUUAUGUAAGUGAAAUUGCCACUCCAUCAAUCCGUGGUGGACUUAGUGCUCUCUUGAAAGUAGCCGGGCUUAUAGGGGUCUUAAUAGCAUUUGCUUGUGGAGCAGCCCUAAACUGGCGUCAUCUCGCUGGUAUUAUCUCUCUUGCACCGGCAGCAAUGUGCGUAGCUGUUUGGAAAGCGCCGGAAAGCCCAGGAUGGCUUGUUUUGCGAGGAAGAGAUGCCGAAGCUGAAGAAUCGUUGAAAGUUUUAAGAGGAAAUAACGUCGAUUUAAGAAUGGAGUUAGGCAUUCUUAAGUCGUACGUUGUUUCGAAAAGGGUCCGAAGGAAUCCGGUAGUACUACUUAGCACUUUGAGGAGUUCUACAUUAAUAUCGUGCGGUCUUAUGUUCUUUCAACGCUUUUCUGGUGCAAACGCUUUUAAUUUUUACGUGGUUAGUGUGUUUAGGCAAACCUUUGGUGGCACCAAUCCUCAUAGCGCCGCCAUCGCUGUAGCUAUGGUACAGUUUUUGUCGGCACUAUUAUCUGGGCUUCUUGUAGAUAAAGCUGGUAGGUUACCCUUAUUGGUGGCCUCCAGUGUGCUCAUGUCUUUGGCCUUAGCCUCUUUUGGCUCUUUUGCCUACUACGAAGAUGCUCAUCGCUCAACGUUACCCCAAUUAGACUGGAUACCUCUUCUCUGUGUGCUUGUUUUUACGAUUGCAUUUUCAUUAGGCAUAAGUCCCAUUUCCUGGUUACUUGUUAGUGAGCUUUUUCCCUUAGAAUACCGCGAAAUUGGAACCUCAUUUGCUUCAACCUUCAGUUAUCUUUGCGCUUUUGCCGGAGUCAAAACGUUUAUUGAUUUUCAAGAACUUUUCGGUCUUCACGGGGCCUUUUGGUUUUACUCGGCUGUAUCUGUGUCUGGUUUGUGCUUUAUAGUGUGUUGUGUACCAGAAACAAAAGGGAGAGAUCUUAAUGAAAUUGAUACCAGUACCAGGUGAUUUCACUGUCCUUUUUUUGUAUUUUGAAUUAAAUCACCUGCAACUUAAAAAUCAACUUUGGAUUGGCAUAUGAAUAAAAUGCUCAAAUUUUUUGCAACGUAUUCUAAACAAUAAUUUCUGAAGUGAAACGGAAAUGUUAUUUUGACCUUUUGUAUGAAACAAAAUAUUAUAACGACGCAUAUCAUGGCAAAUAGCUCAAUAAAUACCAACCUACAUAAAUAAAAUUUUGCAAUGAACACGGUUACUAAAAUUAUAACAGAAGGUAAGCAUUUCAAAAAUAUUUUCUGGGUAUCUGCCUCAAAUAGAAAGAUUGUUCGUUAAUUCCUACUGUUUCUCGUUCGAAAAAUAAAUUAAGUAGAUGAAGCUAAGAUAUAAAAUAAAAAGCAGAAAAAUUAACUUCGUAUAGUUUGAACUUAAUGGUUGUGUUAGAAAUACACUUAGACUUUCGGACUUCCAUAUCUGUCAGUUAUCUGAUGACCACUGGAGAUAACUACACGGUCGAAACGUUGUAACUGUUUAAUAAAUAAAGACAUGAAAAUCCGAAAGUCUAAGUGUAUUUGCUUAUCUUUGCUUUUAAAUUUAGUGUUACAUUAACAAUUUUUCUGUAAUCAAAGAUAUUAAAUUAUUUGUAGAAUGCGUUCGGAACAGGUUCUCUCGAAAAUUCCAGCGAAAAUAAUAUAAGCCAAUGAAUACGUAUUUUGAAAAUUAAAGCAUUCAUAGAAGAGAUUUUUUUAGCUAAAUGUGUUGAAUGCGAAGAUAGAUAAGGCUGGUCAUCUUUAGAUUCAAAAAUUAAAUUCCGCUUCAUUAAUUUAUUAUAAUAGUAAAAUCAAGAAUAUAGUUUUUUCUAAAAUAUUUGUCAAAUUAUGGAUCGUAGAGAAGAAUAAUGUCAACAAAUUGCAUUUAAUAAUCAAAUUGUGGAAGAUUUGUUUCUUGUUCAUUUGAACGAUUUCGUAUCUGCCUUCAUCUUUUACUUCGUCAUCGUCAGAGGUCCAAAUCAAUUGUGUAUAUAAAAAAGAUCGAACAUUAAAAAUAAAAAAGUAAUUCUAAUUGUUUAUAAGAAAACCAUAGUUAAAAUUUUACUUUUUCUUAGUUGACAAUUUUAAGGCUUUUAUUUAAAAAAUUCGGUUAUUAAUUUUCAGAUUCAUAUUUGUGUAAACACUCCAACUUUAGAAUGCGAGUUGUUAAACCUUUUUUAUGAAAAAUUGGCAACUGUGGAACAAGUCAAAGUUGAUGGUUUUUUAUCCUAGUGAGAGAAAUAAAUAGGACUUCGCAAAAACUGUUGCACCUACAGCACUGACUUUUUGCACCUAUUCACAUAACAGAAAAUAUGUAGAUGGUUUGAUCGAUCUUACAUUAAUUCUUUCAAAAUUAUACGAAUGACUAAAAACACCCAGUUUUCACGUUUCUUUUUACAAUAACUUUUUUAUUUGUUGACCUAUAUUAACUUAGUAACUCUCAAUUUGUAGACAAUUUUAUUGUGCCUAAGACUCUUGUACAUCAUUCUUCUCUAUGGUCCAUUAUAUUGUCAAUAUUUCAGAGAAACUACUUUUUAGAUUUUUAUUUCACUUUAAAAUAUAAAGAUGAGAGGCAUUUCCCACCACCACGUUUACGCAAAAAAAAAUUGCGAAGACGCAAAAUUUGCAUAUCCAAUUAUAUUUUUGAUAAAAUUUUAGCAAGAGAUGUAUAAAAAAUCUUGUACGAAGUUAACAUCUAACCAUUUACAGUUGGCAUAGAUUAUUUUCAGUUAAUCGUGAUCUAAUUUAAACUUUUUUAGUUUCCCAAACUUAAGAAGAUAGCGUAUCGUAUACAACGGCGUACUGCACGGUUAGAAAACGCAUAAGAACUUUAGUCAUCGUAAGGUAAUAAAAGACUACAACUGAACGAAGAUUAUUAAUGAAUGCAAAUGAAAGCAAAAAUUGCGGAGGCAAACUAAAUACAGGAUAUUUUUACCAGGAUACUUAAUGAUAAAUUCAGUUUAAAUAAAGCUAGCUCAAGAAAAAUUUACUUUACGAAUAUGUUGAAAAAAUUUUUUUCGCAAGUUAGGUAGAGGCAAGCGGUGAUGCCGAAUUCCCUCCCGCAGGUAGUUUUGGUUAAAAUAUAUAGUCGAAUUCCCUCCCGGGUACUAGCCGAGUUCCCUCCCGUUCAUAUCAGCUCCGAUAAUUAAGUUAACGACCACUUUCCGAUUUUAUUUGUCGAAAAUAAAUAUAUAUUUAUAGUGCACUUCAGUAAAUUAA